AUGGGUAGUAUAUCUAUACAACUUGUAGCUGAAUCUGUACAAGCCAUUGUUCGUAUGUCACAAAAUAAUCAAGAGGCACCAAACGUUAAUGAUUUGGCAUUGGGAAUAAUGGCAUCCGUAAUUGUGACUAAACUAAUCUUAUGGAUCAUUUGUUUUAAAUUUGGUGGUGGAAUGGCUAUCGAUGCGCUUAAAACCGAUCAACGUAACGAUAUACUUACGAAUGCUGCAUCAAUUUUAUUUAGUGGUCUUGCUGGACGUUUACGUAAGAGUUUCUACUGUUUCACUACUUUCUAA